AUGUUUAGGGAGGUUUUAAUCCUAUUCAUUGUAGCCGCCAGUAUAUCAUGUGUUUAUUCUCAACAACAAGCUUCAAUGAAUAUUUGCUCACUUGUAAAUGAUGGACUUACUGUUAAUUGUUCUGUCAAGGGAUCAACCGAUCCUAUUACUAGUGUUGUUUUUAGACUUUUAACUGACAACACAACCUUUGCCAGCUAUACCAGAGCACAGUUUACGUCAAUCGGCCAGCUAUAUUUUACAGUCAAUACACCUCAGGGUGUUGGUCAAACGCUAACUCAAAUUUGUCUGUCGACCUAUGCAAACGGUAGUGUUAAUCCACUGGGCAACCUUCCGUGCAGAAACAUUUCUCAAUCCAAUGCAGCCCUUUUCGAAAUCGUAUCGCCUUUGGCAGGUGACACCAACGUUGUAUUAAAAGGCAUGAAUUUUAGAACAUACAGUGGUCCCGACAAUAACAAUAUAGAAUUUGUUGCCCCCAAAUCACUGAAAAUCCUUAUGAACACCAACCCAGACACUACAUUACCAAAUUAUCCAUCUGUUAAUGGAACGAUUAUCACAGAAGAUGCAGAUGGAGUUGUGAUAAAAUCUGGAAAAAAUUAUGCUAUCUCUGCCCUUACUAUUGAUGGUGGAACAUAUAAUUCCAAAUUGACUUUAUCUUUUAUUCCACCAACUAUUAAAAAUGUAACUGUUGAUGCAACUAAAACAACAUUGACUGGUAUAAGUUUUGGAGGUGACUCUUUGAAAUCAAAGCUUAAAUUAACUUUUGAUGUUGAAGAUGUUGCUGCCAAGAUUACAUCUGUCACUACUGAUACCAUUGUAUUGACUAAUCCAUCGAAUAUUCUUACUGCUGGUGCUAGAAAAUUCAACAUUGAUUUGGAUUCAAACCCAGGUACCCCUUAUACUUAUACUCUUAACCCUGUAGUAUCAACAGUAUCAAGUGUACCAACAGGUGGAGGAUUAAUUACUAUUUCAGGCAAGUAUUUGGCAUUGACUAGGGGAGAUGGAAAAGCGACCGUUUCAAAUAUUCAGGUUGGAACCAAGGUGUGCACAGCUCCAACAAACUUGGCCGAUGGAAGAAUCAGCUGUACUAUUGAAAGUGGGUCGGGUGGAGGUCACGCCGUCAAGGUUACCAUUGAUGGAGCUGUGAGCCAAGAGGCUGUAACGUUUUCGUACGGGCGUCCACAAAUGACUAGUUACUUGCAAGGUGGACUUGCCAUGACUGUCACUGGAACUAGUUUGGGUUCGGUUGCUACCACCAAGAUCUUUAUCAACGGACUUGCCACUGCAGUCACUAUUAGUUCUGCCAAGGCUGAUGGCAGCGAGCUUACCUUUACCUUGCCACUUGAAACUCGUAAUGGUUAUUUCACCAUCCAGGUCGGUGACUUGGUAUCCAACCAAAACGAGUUUACAUUGGCUCCAGUCCUAACAUCAGUCACCAAGUCGGAUACCCCGGGAUCAGCUGUCACCAUCGUCGGUAACUUUUUGAUGCCACAAGAUUUCGGUAGCAAGGAAGUAUCCCCACAAAGAAUUCAAAUCGAUACUUUGAUCAAUUGUAAAGACCCCAUCUUUGCACAAAACCAAACGAUUUGUAAGGCUCCAGAAGGUGCAGGUCAGAAUUACAACUUGACAGUAUCAUUUGGCACGCGUACAUCCAACCCCGUUCCCUUUAGUUACAACCCACCCAAGCUUGUAGACUACUACCAAAUCCACAACACUAUCUACUUGAAGGGUAGCAACUUUGGUAAAUUUGGUAGUGCUCAACAGGUCAAAGUACAAGAUGAAGAUGUCACACACACCACCACUCAGAAUGUCGCCACUCCUCAUUCCGAUACUAGCUUUUUGUUGUUUGCCAACUCGUCCGACUCUAAACUCACCAUCGUCGUACAAGGUCAAGAAUCUAAUGAACUGUCCAUUGCAGUUCGUCCAAGUAUCGAAUCAAUCACACCAGUUCCUACAAAGGGAGGAUUGGUCACCGUCAAGGGUUACUUUAUCGCUGCCAACAACCCAUCCGUCGUUUCAUUCACCGUCAUCAACGGAGUUACUUGUACCGGAAUCAUUCCCUUCAAAGACAACGUCACCCAACAAACUGGAUUCACAUGUGAAGCUAGCAAUGGUUUUGGUAUUGAAAACACAGCCACUCUUGUCAUUUCAAACAUUACUACCCCUGUCAAUGACCCACUCGUCAAUAUUACCUAUAUCGCGCCCACCAUCACAUCAGUCUCCAACACUACCGAAGAAGGUGGUAGUGUCACCAUUGUCGGUGACAACUAUCAUCCAAGCUCUAUACUUGUCAAGAUUGGUGUCCAAACUUGUCAAUCGCCACAAGUAUCCGAAUACAACACUGUGGUCUGUCAACUUGAUAAAUGGGAUUUCGAUGCACUCGGUGAAAUUCCAAAUACUCGUCAAAAUGUUACUAUCACUGUUGGUAAUCAAAUUGUAAACAAUGAAUUAUUUAGUUAUGAUUUGGAAGCAUUGUAUGAAAGAAGAAGAGAAGAAGAAAAGAAGAAGAAGUUGAAAUGGUUGAUUCCAGCCAUUGUUGUACCAUGUGUAGUUGGUGUUGCUUUGAUCGUAGCUGUUUCUAUAAUCCUGGUAAAGAAACAUAACAAGAACCAAGAGCUCAAAAAAAUGUUUGGCAAAUAA